CGGCUUAACUUUAAAAGGCAUUUUGCACAGAGUGAAGACCGUGGAUUAUCAGUUUCACAAGGAAGUCAUCACUUUAUGGCCGUUAUGAACAAGAGGGAUCAUCAGAGUGACCAGUAUCUCUUGCUUUCAAAGUACAUCUGAGCAUGUUUGUCGGGGGUGGAGCAUUUCGAGGCCACGCCCCCUGCAAGCGUCGCUGACGUCACUGGAUUCGACAGUGAUGGGAACUCGAGCGAGCGCUGAGAAAAUGAGCAGCAUCCCCCUCUCUCGCUCCGAAGUGUUUGGGGAGCUGAGGAAGGAAUUGCAUGACGAUGAAGAGUUCCAUCAGUCUGACGUUCACAUCUUCAUCAUCAUGGGAGCAUCGGGGGAUCUGGCUAAGAAGAAAAUCUACCCAACUCUCUGGUGGUUGUACAGAGACGGCCUCCUCCCUGAGCAGACACAUUUUGUGGGCUAUGCUCGCUCUGACUUGACAGUGGAUGCGAUCCGGACUGCUUGCUUGCCAUACCUGAAGGUGACGGAUACAGAAGCAGAGCGGCUGUCGGCCUUCUUCAGCAGGAACACGUAUAUCAGUGGGAAAUAUGCUGAUGAGGCUUCCUUCGCCAAACUCAACACACACAUCCUGUCGUUGCCUGGAGGAACCGAGGCAAACCGUCUCUUCUAUCUGGCCCUGCCGCCCACCGUCUACCACGAUGUUACCAAGAACAUCAAGCAACACUGCAUGAGCACAAAAGGCUGGAACAGGGUGAUUGUAGAGAAGCCGUUUGGACGUGACCUCCAGAGCUCAGAGGAGCUUUCCGCUCACCUCUCCUCCCUCUUCACUGAAGAGCAGAUCUACCGUAUAGAUCACUAUCUGGGCAAAGAAAUGGUGCAGAACCUCAUGGUGCUCAGAUUUGGGAACCGAAUCUUUGGGCCGAUCUGGAACAGGGACAGUGUGGCCUGUGUUGUCCUCACCUUUAAAGAACCAUUUGGCACUCAGGGACGAGGAGGCUACUUUGAUGAUUUUGGCAUCAUAAGAGAUGUCAUGCAGAACCACUUGCUCCAGAUGCUCUCCCUGGUUGCCAUGGAGAAGCCAGCCUCCACCAGCUCUGAUGACGUCAGGGAUGAAAAGGUGAAGGUGCUGAAGUGCAUCACUCCAGUGUCCAUGUCCGAUGUGGUGCUGGGUCAGUAUGUUGGGGAUCCAGAGGGUGAGGGAGAUGCCAAACUGGGUUACCUUGACGACCCCACAGUUCCUAAAGGAUCAACUCAGGCCACCUUCGCCACUGCUGUGCUCUAUGUGCACAACGAACGCUGGGAUGGUGUUCCUUUCAUCCUGCGCUGUGGUAAAGCUCUGAAUGAGAGGAAAGCUGAGGUGCGGCUGCAGUUCACAGAUGUCCCGGGAGACAUUUUUGGAAAUCAGUGUCGCAGGAAUGAGCUAGUGGUGCGCGUGCAGCCCAACGAGGCCGUCUACGCCAAGAUGAUGAGCAAGAAACCUGGUGUCUACUUCAGCCCUGAGGAAACUGAGCUGGACCUCACCUACAAGAGCAGAUACAAGGAUGUGAAGCUUCCAGACGCUUACGAGCGUCUCAUCCUGGAUGUCUUCUGCGGAAGUCAGAUGCACUUUGUACGCAGCGAUGAACUACGGGAAGCGUGGAGGAUCUUCACGCCUCUCCUUCAUCAGAUUGACAAAGAGAAGCCAAAGCCUAUUCCAUACACAUAUGGAAGCCGUGGCCCAGCAGAAGCGGAUGACCUUUCAAAGAGAGUUGGAUUUCGUUAUGAAGGCACAUACAAAUGGGUCAACCCUCACAGACUGUGAAUUGUGAUGAGAUGAGGGAGGGAGUAGAGGUAGGGAUAGUAGGAGGGGUGAAGCGGGGUGUCAUGUUCCAAUACUGGAGUGUUUUUGAGGAAGGUGUUUCCACUGUGUGGAUCCAUCAGAGUAGCAGCAGAAAGAAGAUAUUUGAAGAAAAACAAACAAACAAACAAACAAAAGAAUAUUUCUCAGGUAUAGAAAUUAUUCAAUGGACCCAGUUCAUCAGACAUUCAAAAGAGAAUUAUGAAUUUAGGCAGUCAUCAUAGACUUAUACCACAGUUUUGGUGGUAGUUUUUUUCAUGCACUCACAGCACAUUUCUUUAUUUUAAUCUAGAGUUGGAACCAUGUCAGAUGGAGUGGGAACAAACAAAAUAACUGUCCGAUGAACUGUUUCUGCGUCCAUGUCUCCAUGAAUUAAGUCUUAAAUUGUCAGGAUGGUAAAUGGAAUAACUGUAACAAGAACAAGAGCAGAGCAACAAAAAAAUCACUCAGCCUGAGUCAUGCUCACCCAGAGUAAGUACUGUACUGUACCAAAGAUGGUAGCUGAACACAGCAGAGACGAGGAGCAACAGGAACGAUUGUCCACCAGCUCGACCAUAACCAUUGUGAUUGUAAUACAUUUAAGCUUUGACUGUGUUUGUUAAGCACGCUUAGUGGAAUUUACUUCUGCAGCUUGCAUACUCUUAUUUUUGCCUCCUCUGCCUGGGACCAAGGACAUCAUGGCUGCUCAAGAUAAAAUAGACUGGUUUUUAAAGGUCAAUGCGGGCAGUUACACUUCAAAACAUUCAUACUGGAAUAGUCUUAAGUGUCCUUUUGGACGAACAAAGUGAAUUCUUGUUUAGUAGCCUCCAUCUGAGCUUCAUUUCCUUUUGUUUACAUUUUUUCCAGAGUUAUUUAAGUUGCUGAUUUUCAUUCCAUAUUUCACUAAUAUUGAGACAGCAGCGGUGUCUGCCAGAGGUCAACAGUGAAUGUCUUUGUAAUGAUGUGCUGUAUACUGCUGUUAACUGCACACUCAUGUAAAGCUAGCUACAUUUCCACAACUUGUAAUAAACUAGUUUUGCUUCUGUUAA